CGCACGUGUGUACCGGCCGGCUGACCGGGCGCCGCCGCCGGCCACCAUGAGGCUCUCCGGCUCGCUCAGAUGGCUGCUGUUGUUGGCGAUGAUCUUCGCAGAGCUUCAGCAGAGCACUGUGAUGGCGAGAAGGAAGCACCGGAUCCGCCAUAACGUGCAGCGGCGGCUGAAGCGGCAGCAGAGCAGUCAAGUGUACGCCUACUCGGCCGCGCAGGACUCGGGCCCCUGGGGCAUCUGGGGCACGCAGUCGCCCUGCUCUCGCUCCUGUGGCGGCGGCGUGGCCUUCCAGGUCCGGCGCUGCCAGGACGAGAGGCCAGAUGGCUCGUCGUCUUGCACUGGACCAAACAAGCAGUAUAUCUCCUGCAACAUUGAGCCCUGCCCUGGAGGGUCCGGUGACUUGAGGGAGGAGCAGUGCACCGAGUUCGACAGGCUGCCAUUUGAAGGACGCUACUACAAGUGGAUACCGUACCUGAAGGCGCCGAACCAGUGCGAGCUCAACUGUCAGCCGCAGGGCGAGCGCUUCUACUACCGGCACAAGAGGAGGGUCAUCGACGGCACCAGCUGCGGGCCCGAGGGCCUCGACGUCUGCGUCGACGGACAGUGCAUGCAAGUGGGCUGCGACCGCAUGCUGGGCUCCACCGUGAAGGAGGACAGGUGCCGCGUGUGCGGCGGCGACGGCUCCGACUGCUACACCGCCCACGGUGUCUUCGACGCCGAGAACCUGCAGUCGGGCUACAACGACAUCCUGCUCAUUCCAAAGGGGGCCACGAACAUCAUCAUCGAGGAGAUCAAGGCAACGAACAACUAUCUAGCUAUCCGGAAUUCGACUGGUCAUUACUACCUGAACGGCAACUGGCGGAUCGACUACCCCACCACCAUGGAGUUCGCGGGCGGCAAGGUCCACUACGAGCGGAGGCCACUGGGCUUCUUUUCCCCAGAGACCGUGCGCGCCCUCGGCCCCACCAGCGAAGCCCUCUACGUGGUGCUGCUGUACCAGGAGCGUAACGCCGGCAUCCGGUACGAGUACAGCGUGCCGCGGACGGUGGCGGACGCCGGCAGCUCCGAGUACUCGUGGGUGACGUCCGCCUGGUCGCCCUGCUCCGAACAGUGCGGCGGAGGCAGCCACAGCCGCCAGCUGAGCUGCAUCAGGAAGCAGGACAUGCGGGAGGUAUCGCCCGACCUCUGCGACCUCCUGACCAAGCCCGAGGAGACCGAGAGCUGCAACCAGCAGCCCUGCCAGGCCAGCUGGAAGGUGGGCGAGUGGUCGGCCUGCUCGGCCGGCUGCGGCGCCGGCGGCGUCCAGUAUCCGCCAGGUCACCUGCGAGCAGAAGGUGCAGGAGUCCGUCAAGGCCGUGGUCGACGACGACCUGUGCGCGCGCACGCUGGGCACCCGGCCGGCGCACAUGCAGGAGUGCAACACCGACACGUCCGCCUGCCCCACCUUCCACGUCGGCGACUGGUCACCGGUUGUGGCAGUCUGUGCGGGGAGGACGAGAAGAGUCGCCAGGUACUGUGCCACCGCGUCACUGACACCAAGACAGAGCUUCUGGACGCUGCCGAGUGCGAGGGUGACAUGCCGAACGCCACUGAGCCCUGCAUGCUCAGACCCUGCGAGGGCGUCGACUGGAUCGCGUCCAGCUGGAGCGGGUGCGAGGAGAAGUGUGGCCUUGUGACGGAGACCAGGAGUGUGCAGUGCGUCAACAUGGAGGGCAAGGUGUACGCGGACGAAUACUGCCAGAGCGGCCGCCGGCCGGAGACCGAGCAGGAGUGCCUGACCACCACCGUCUGCCCGCACAGCUGGUAUGCCACCCAAUGGAGUGAGUGUUCGUCCUCGUGCGGACCGGGCGUGCAGACGCGCCGCGUGUUCUGCGCCUCCGUCAACGACGACGGCCUGAUCGUGCCCGGCGACGACGACCAGUGCGACCCUGCCAAGAAGUACGAGGCCUCGCAGCCGUGCGAGGGCGCUGAGGGCAACUGCGACGCCAGCUGGAUGUCCGGCCCCUGGGGACCGUGCUCCAAGUCUUGUGAGAAGGGCUCGCAGUCGCGCGAGGUGUUCUGCACGGACGGGCAGGAGAGGGUCGACAUCACGCUCUGCGACGACAAGCAGAUACCGUUCGCCCUGCAGGAAUGCAACGACAUGGAAUGCGACGCUGCAGAGGAACUGAAGCAGCUGAAGGAGUUGGCGUCGCUGGCCUUCGACCCAAGUGCUCUGGACGACGAGUGUCCGUUGGACGGGGAAUUCGGACUGGACUUCCUGGGCAGCGGAUCGGGCGACGGGUCCGGAGACAUCUUUGGUUCCGGUGACGAGCUGGAUGUCAGUUUCAACGACCUGCUCGGCCGCGCCCUGGACGCUCAGGCUGCUGAUAGGGAGAAGGACUCCGAAGAGGCGUCGGGCAUGGAGGAUGCUUCAGAAGAAAAGGACUCAAAAUCGUCCGAAGAGGACUCCAGCUCGUCCGAGGAGGACUCGAGCUCGUCUGAGGAGGGAUCGGGCUCGUCCGAAGAGGAGUCUGGCAUGGGAGAGGAUAUGUCGGGGGCAAUGCCGGAGGAUAUGUCUGGAGAGAUGCAGGAUGUUAUGCCUGGGGAGGUGGCAGAGGAGACCUCUGGAGAUACUUCAGGAGAUAUGGCCGAAGGGAUCGAGGACAUGUCGGGCGAGGCACCUGUUGACGGCUCGUCUGAGGGCUCCGGCGAAAUGGGCAUGAAUACGUCUGAGGAAGCGCUGAACGCGUCUGGCGAGUUUUCUGGUGACGCGUCCGGUGAUUUCGAGGAAAUUUCCGGAGCAGAGUCUGGCGAUUCGGUGGAGGAGAUGUCAUCCGGUGAUUCGGAUGGUAAGCUGCCAGCCUCGGCCACUGAAGAGUCCCGUGUUAAACGCCAGGUGUCUGGCGCUCCGGCACCAGACACGCCACCUGAGGUCGAGGCUGGCGAUGACCUGUCUGGAGACAUGUCCGGAGACAUGUCCGGAGACAUGUCCGGAGACAUAUCCGGGGAUGUGUUGGGAGAAGCGUCUGGUGACUUGUCGGACUUCAUGUCUGGAGAUAUGUCCGGAGACAUGUCUGGGGAUGAUGGUUCAGGAGAAGAUACGAUUGGGUCAGGAGAGGUGUCUGGAGACCUCCUUGACGACGAUGGCAUCAGCGGAGAAAUGACGGGCAGUGGCGAAGGCAGUGGGGACAUGAUGGAAAGCGGAGACAUGAUGGAAAGUGGGGACAUGAUGGAAAGCGGAGACAUGAUGGAAAGUGGGGACAUGGUGGAAAGCGGAGACAUGAUGGAAAGCGGAGAUAUGAUGGAAAGCGGAGACAUGAUGGAAAGCGGGGACAUGAUGGAAAGCGGAGACAUGAUGGAAAGCGGGGACAUGAUGGAAAGCGGAGACAUGAUGGAAAGCGGAGAGAUGAUAGAAAGCGGAGACAUGAUAGACAGCGACGACGUGUCUGAAAGCGGAGACAUGAGCGGAGAGGAUGAAGAAAGCGGGGACGCGAGUGGAGAUGACAUGAUGCAGAGUGGAGAAAUGCCAGUGUCCGGAGAUGACAUUGAUGAGCAGACAAGCGGGGAGGACGAGUCGGGCUCCGCUGUGGACUCGGACGAAAGCGGAGACCUUCCGGAUGAUUCGCCGGAGGAGAGCAGCGAGGAGGAGGGAUCCUCCGACGCGAGUGGCGAGUCCGGUGACGACAGCGAUGAGGACAUGCUGGACGGGAUGGACGAAAUGGCCGGCAGCGGUGACCAACUGAUGGACGGAAGCGCAGAAAAAGACGACGACAUGAUGAUGGGCUCUGGAGACAUAUCGGGAGAAGGCUCAGCGGAUGCCUCAGGAUCUGGAGACUUUGACGACCUUGAGCUUCUGCCACGCUUCGGUGAGAAGGAGGAGCAAAAGUCCAAGAAGAAGUGCGUGCCUCGGCCUGUUCGCAUCCUGUGCGAGGCGACCGACUUCGGGUGCUGCCCGGAUGGGCUGACUGCCGCCGCCGGCCCCUUCCUCAAGGACUGCCCGCCGCUGGACAACUGCCAGAAGACCAAGUUCGGCUGCUGUCCGGACCGCGUGACGCCAGCACAGUCGGAGGACGAGAGCGAGUGUCCGCCGGUGGCCGACUGCAGCCGCUCGCUGUUCGGCUGCUGCCCUGACGAGUUCAGCGAACUCUCGGGGCCCGAGGCAGACAACUGUCCCAACGUCACCCGAGAGUGCGAGAUCAGCAAGUUCGGAUGCUGCUCCGAGUCGGACGACCCAGCUGAGGGUCCGUUCGACAAGGGCUGCCCGGAGAAGGACACCGAGGCGCCGGCUGUCGAUGAUGAGGACAAGAAAAUGGAUGACGCCAAAAACUGCACAGACACACCGCACGGCUGCUGCGCGGACGGCACCACGGCCGCGUCUGGCCCCAACGGCGAGGGAUGUCCGGCAGCCUGCCUCAGCUCCGAGUUCGGCUGCUGUCCCAACGGCUUCUACCCGGCGCACGGCCCCAACCAGGAGGGCUGCUGCCUCAACACCAAGUUCGGCUGCUGUCCUGACAACAUCACGCCGGCCAGUGGGACGGAUCUGGAGGGCUGCGGGUGCGAGUACUCGGCGUUCGGCUGCUGCCCCGACAACCGGACGCUGGCGCGCGGCGAGGCGCUGGAGGGCUGUGGUUGCCGCUACACCGAGCACGGCUGCUGUCCGGACGGCUACACGCCGGCUGCCGGGCCCGACAGCCUCGGCUGCGGUUGCCACACCUUCCCAUACGGCUGCUGCCCCGACGGCCAGACCGUCGCUCGUGGCCCCAACCAGGAGGAGUGCGGCUGCGACUACGCCGAGUUCGGCUGCUGUCCGGACCGACGCACGCAAGCCAGCGGGCCGGGCUACGCCGGCUGCGGCUGCGAGUCGUACCCGUACGGCUGCUGUCCGGACGGCGAAACAGAGGCCACCGGACCCAAGUUCGAAGGCUGCGACGACAAACCCAAGGAGCCGGCAGAGAUCUGCGGCAUGCCCAAGGAGCGUGGCUCCUGCCGCAACUUCACCGUGCGCUGGUUCUUCGACAUGGAGUACGGCGGCUGCUCGCGCUUCUGGUUCGGCGGCUGCGACGGCAAUGACAACAGCUUUGAGACUCAGGAGGACUGCAAGGCACUCUGCGUGGAGCCCGAAGGCAUGGAGGCGUGCCAGCUGCCGGUGGUGAAGGGCGCCUGUGACGGCUACUAUCCGUCUUGGUACUACAACCGCGAGCGCAGCCGGUGCGAGCCGUUCGUCUACGGCGGCUGUCUGGGCAACGGCAAUCGUUUCGCCACGGUCGAGGAGUGCGAGAACGUCUGCGUCGUGCCUGACACCCUGGAUCCGUGCGAACAACAGGUCAUGCCUGGGCCGUGCCAGGGCAACAUCUCGCGCUGGCACUUCGACAAGGAGUCUUCCUCGUGCAAGGAGUUCAUCUACGGAGGGUGCAAGGCCAAUGAGAACAACUUCCUCACCAAGGAGGAGUGCACGCACCGUUGCGCCAGGGCCGGCCGGAAAGCCAUCUGCUCCCAGCCGCGUGCCGAGGGCUCGUGCGGAGAGUCGCUGCCGCGCUGGUACUUCGACUACCAGGAGAGCCGCUGCUCGCCGUUCUACUACACCGGCUGCGGCGGCAGUCUGAACCAGUUCGACAGCGAGGAGGAGUGCGAGGAGUCGUGCCCCUCACACGUCUACGCGGCCGAGGCCUGCACGGAGAAGCAGGACCCAGGUCCCUGCGCCAACUACACCAUCCGCUACUCGUACGACCUGCAGGACGGCCGCUGCAAGCCGUUCUACUACGGCGGCUGCGACGGCAACCGGAACAACUUCCGCUCGGAUGAGGAGUGCCGCGACAAGUGCGAGGUCCGCAAGAUCGAGACGGAGCGACCCCAGUUCCGCACGGAGUCGUGUUUCCUGCCGGGCGACGCCGGCUCGUGCGGCACCGCCUCCUCCCCCGAGGCGCUCUGGUACUACGACGCUCGGGUGGGCGUCUGCACCCAGUUCCUCUACAGCGGCUGCGGCGGCAACGAAAACCGGUUCCGGACGCGCGACGAGUGCCGCCAGCGCUGCGGCGCGGCUCAGGAUGUUUGCACCCUGCCGCGUGUGGUGGGCCGCUGCUCCGGCUCCCUGCGCCAGUACUACUUCGACGCGCAGCGCGGCCGCUGCCUCGAGUUCGACUACAGCGGCUGUGAAGGCAACGACAACAAGUUUGACAGCCUGCAGGAGUGCGCGAGUCGCUGCGGUGGCCCUGCGGAGGAGCCGCGGCCCGAGCCCGAGCUAGAGACGAGGGACAGACGGCCCGAGCAGGCCACGCCGCCGCCCGAACAGAGGCCCGAGACGAGGGACAGACGGCCCGAACAGGCCACGCCGGCUCCCGAACAGAGGCCGGAGACGAGGGGCAGACGGCCCGAGCAGGCCACGCCAGCUCCCGAACAGAGGCCGGAGCAGGAGCAAGAUCUGCCGCCGGUGUGUGCCCAGCGGUACGACCCGGGCCCGUGUCGGACGCCCGUCAGCGCCUGGUUCUACAGCGCCGACAUGAAGCUGUGCAGGCAGUUCACGUACGGCGGCUGCCGCGGCAACGACAACAAGUUUGUCAGCCAGGAGCAGUGCAAGCGCACGUGCGCUGAGUACCGCGGACAGGACGCCUGCAGCAUCCCACCGUCCCCGGGCGACUGCGGCGGCAGCGAGACCAAGUGGUACUUCGACUACCGCGACGACACCUGCCGGCCCUUCGUCUACACCGGCUGCGGUGGCAAUGUCAACAGGUUCUCCACGGAAGAGGAAUGUCAAUCACUCUGCGUGGACGGCAGCGAGCAAAUGGUUCCAGAUCUGGAGUCUGAGAAGGAUACAAGCAUGAUCGAAACAAAGGCCGGACCGCCACCAGAAGCCAGCACCCCUGAGAGUCCGAUCGCAACGACGGCGGCCCCCACGGAGGAGGCGGCCCCCCAACCGGUCACCACCGGCGCCCCGGUCGACUGCUCGCCCCACCAGCAGCAGUGUCAGACGCUGCGGUGUCCGUUCGGUGUGGAGCGGCGCACGGACGAUCAGCAGUGCGAGCGCUGCUUCUGUUUCAACCCAUGCCGCGAGGUGCGCUGCGGUGCCGGAUACCGCUGCGCCAUCUCCUACGGACGCGACGAGGAGGGUGGUCUGCUCGUCAGCGCCGUCUGCCGUCCCGGAAACAAGACUGGCGAAUGCACAUCACCGAACACAGUGGAUGAAUGCGGCGAUGCCAGAGACGGCUGCAGGGAUGAUGCAGAUUGCCGGAACAACCUCAAGUGCUGCUCGGACGGCUGCUCCCUGCGCUGUCUGCCGCCGGACGGUGAGACGGAGGUCAUCGUCAAGGAGACCAGCGUCCUGCCCUCCACCACCACCACCAUGACCCCGGUUACCGAAGCAGAGGCGACUGACAUGUGGCCCGAUGCCACGUUCAUGCCCACCGAGCUGCCAUACCCGGUGCCAACUGCUGCUACGCAGCGGCCUUACCCGACGUACCCACCGUACCCGACGUACCCGCCGAGCCCCAGGCCUCCUGUACAGCCCCCCAGGGGCCGGGAAGGGUCUCCAGCCCGCAUCGUUCAGUCGGAGCCCGAGGUGGAAGUUCACGAGGGAGAGCUGGCUGUUCUGAGCUGCAUCGCGCAGGGCGAGCCAGAGCCAGUCAUCACCUGGACUCACGGUGCCAGGAGGGUGGACACGAGCCGGCUGUGCCGCUUGGAGUCUGGCGCAGUGACUGAGCGCCACGCUGUCGGCCAGGUGGACACGAGCCGGCUGUGCCGCUCAGAGUCUGGCGCAGUGACUGAGCGCCACGCUGUCGGCCAGGUGGACACGAGCCGGCUGUGCCGCUCGGAGUCUGACGCAGUGGCUGAGCGCCGCGCUGUCGGCCAGGUGGACACGAGCCGCGGCCGAUUCCGUCUCGAGAGGAACGGCACGCUGGUGAUCGUGGGCGUCGAGCGGGACGACGGCGGCGAGUACACGUGCACAGCCGACAACGGCCUGGCUGCGCCCGCCCGCACGACCGUCGCGGUCAACGUGCUCGACCCGGUGCCGCGGCAGGCGGACGUUCUGCGGCCACCGCCCGAUGACCAGCCGGUGGUGGAGCUUGGCGGCCCGGCCAUCAUCCGCUGCUACUCGUACGGCUGGCCGCGACCGUCAGUCACUUGGUGGCGCGACCAGCGCAUGCUGCCGCUCUCCUCUGAGCGCGUGGAGCAGAGUCGCGACCACACGCUGGUGCUGCGGCUGGUGCGGCUGCAGGACCUGGGCACCUACACGUGUCAGGCGUACAACGGACAGGGUCGCGCCGUCUCCUGGUCCACCCAGCUGCGCGCCUACGGACCGGUGUUCACCAGCGAUCGCUCCGAGGACCAGCCGUUCCUGCAGUUCCUAGUGACGCGGAAGCAGCCGAGCCAGCCGCCCACACGCCCGCCGGCCGUCGAACCUACGCGCUUCCCGGCCCGCCGGCCCGGCGAGCAACCCUACUACCCCGACUACGCCACCCGGCCCACGCGGCCCACCAUUACCGACGUCACACCCCAGAGGGUGGCCGUGCGGGCGUCCAUUAACCUGACGGAGACCAUGUUCGCGCCGGGUGUCGACAUCCGCAUCCCCUGCGAGACGUCCGGCUACCCGGAGCCGCGCAUCACCUGGUACAAGGACAGCGUGCUUGUGCAGCCCGCCCAGCGGCUCCGCAUACAAGGCAACGAUCUCCUUGUCCUGAGGUCGGAGCCGUCUGACACCGGUGUCUACCGAUGUGAGGUGGAUAACGAGUUCAGCACCGCCGAAAGCAGCGUUAGCAUCGUCGUCGAGGGCACCUACGUUCAUCCCAACUGUACGGACAACCCGUUCUUCGCCAACUGCAAGCUGAUCGUGUCAGCGCGGUACUGCGCCAACCAGUACUACGCGCGCUUCUGCUGCCGCUCGUGCACGCUGGCGGGCCAGCUGCCCUCUACCGGACGGCACCUCAACUAUCCGCCGGCUGACGGCCGCGUCUAGCGACCUCCAUGGGCCGAAUACGAACUACAGUUGCGGACGGUCGUCGCUAGACGUGCGCUCCACGGCCACGGGGCAAUGACGCGAACGACGCGUGGUGAGGCUCUGCUGAGCAGUUAAGGCGCCAGGGUUAUGGCCGGAGCGCUGGGAUCGAGCUCAGCUCAGCCACGGCCGGCGGCCGUGCAGUGCACAAUGAAGCCUGGUCCGCACUGCAUUCGGUACAAUGCUACCAGUCGCUUGCUGCCAGCCGGAAGCCUCGAGUCCGUGUGUUUGCGAUGCUCGACAUCACUGCCAAUGACGUGUGUCAAUGUCCAGCCGGUGAGGUUGAGCACAGGGCUGAACGGCUUAGUCCGCUGGUAAACAAGUAGCGUGGGUUGCCAGCGCGCACGGCCGCCAGUUGUUAAGCAGUGUGUAUGAAAUGCUUGUCUUUAAAUGCCAUUUGACCAAGCGUGACUGUCACUUGGCUUGGCCAUGCUUUGGAAAACAUGAACGAAUGUUAGCCGCGGCUUCUUACGGACUAGUUCACAACCGUGUGCCAGACUGUCUUACUUUUUUACGAACGCCAGUAAACCCGUGCUUUAUACCAACAAGUGUACGGUAUUGCACCACAUGGUCUGUUACACUAUUGGACGAAUUCCUAUUUUAGAUAUUUGCAUGUGUGGUUUCUAUCGCCUGACAUCGGCCAGUCGUGUAAUUUUAUGUCGUCCUUGUCAGCCAAUGACCUUGCCCUCGCUUUGAUGCGAACCCAGUGUUCAGAACUGGCCCUGGCCAUCUCAGCCACCUGAAUAUUGGGAGGAAAGGCAGGUGCAAAGCCGACCCUGGCACUCCCCCACCGCGUCUUUUAUGUCUUUUGAAUUAUACGGUGUCCGUCGUCUUUGCAUUUAGUACACAUAUGACUAUCCGUUUUGCUAGCUUUUUGUCCACGACCUCUGCCGCUGGAAAUACAGUGGUGGAUGUCGGCCACCAGUUUCCCGUUCUCAAUGUCUGCAUUGCAGCGGACAGCAGACCUUAAGUGACAGCCUGUAUGUGAAAUAAAGCCAUGGAAUUCUG